CGCUGGUAUCUAUCUACCGUAGAUGACGGUCGCGCGGUCGUAUGAAACCCCGCUUCCGCUAAUCGGUCCGCAGUCGCCGGUUGAGGUUUGCCGUUCAUAAAGUCGCUGACUCGCGUAGCGAUCGCAUGUGUAGUGAGCUCCGAAACUACCGGAACAUCGCGUCGGGAAAAGUUGAAGAAAAACGUUUUUCCAAAUUUGAAAAUUAAAUAAAAAAUCGUUCUUAAUUUAUUUGUGUGCAUUAUUCAAGUUUCAAGGAUCAGUUACUGGCUGGUUUUUUUCGACAUUGGACGAAAAUUAUUAUAAAGCCAAGGAGUGUCACCGAAACAUGGGAUUGUUAACUAUUUGAAUUUACAAAAAGUUAUAAAAAAAAUACCUAAGUAGUGAAGAUGUCGAACGUGGAAAUGAGUGUCGAUAGUAAUAUGAACAAGACAGAUAUCAUCCAACACAAGUUUGAGGUAAAAAACGGCAACGCUGAUAUAGAGAAAGGUGCUGUUGUGAAGGCUGGUCCUAAGAUCCCCUGGACAAAGGCAAUUAUUGCCAUGUUUGCGCUUGGUGUGUUGGCCGGCGCGUGCGCCGUUGCCUGGGUGUUCCAGGAUUGGCAGGCCAGUCUACUUGUCCUCGCUAUCCUGGCUAUAGUCUACUGCAUAGCCUUCUACUGGAGAUGGAUUUACGUAGCCAUCAGAACUGCACCUAGGGAUUUCUCUGCCCUGUACUGCUACAUCAAAAUCCUGAGGUUGACAAAGAACUUCACGAAGAAGAACUGGUCCAUGCCAGACAUCUUCCACCAGAUGGUCGUCAAACACCCCAACAAAGCGUGCUUCCUAUUCGAAGACGAAACAUGGACGUUCCGACAGGUGGAGGAAUACAGCUUAAGAGUCUCGGCGGUCCUAAAAGGAAAAGGCGUCAAACGUGGGGACACCGUAGCAGUCAUGAUUGGGAACUGCCCAGAGAUGCCCUCUAUCUGGUUGGGUGCUACUAGGGUGGGCGCCGUAUGCCCUCUUAUCAACACCAACCAGACAGGGAACACGCUUCUACAUUCCAUAAACAUCGCCAAAUGUGACGUCGUCAUCUACAGCGAUGAAUUCCAAACUGCAUUCCAGGAGAUAUCAAAGGAGCUGAGUCCAUCUCUCAAACUGUUCAAGUUCACCCGUCGCCCACUCAACACAUCUCCCGAUGCCGUAAAAGUUGUUGAAUCCGAUAAUGACUUCACUGCGAUGUUAGAGAACACUGCCCCAUUUGCCUGGACUCCAUCCGACAGUGACGGGUUCAAUGGAAAACUUCUUUACAUCUACACUUCUGGAACAACUGGACUUCCAAAAGCAGCCGUUAUAUCAUCCUCACGUAUGGUGUUCAUGGCAUCGGGUGUCCACUAUUUGGGCAGCUUGCGAGCGAGUGACGUCAUUUACUGCCCCAUGCCUCUGUACCACUCAGCUGGAGGCUGCAUCACGAUGGGCCAAGCGUUCAUAUUCGGCUGUACCGUAGCGCUUCGAACUAAGUUCUCAGCAUCGAAAUACUUCCCCGACUGCAUUAAAUACAAUGCCACGGCUGCCCACUACAUCGGUGAGAUGUGUCGCUACGUGCUGACGACACCGCCUUCCCCUACGGACACGCAACACAAAGUCAGAACGGUUUACGGCAACGGAAUGAGGCCAGCGAUAUGGACUGACUUUGUCAAACGCUUCAACAUAAAGAAGGUGGUCGAAUUCUACGGAGCUACCGAAGGAAACGCCAAUAUCGUAAACAUUAACAACAAAACUGGAGCUAUCGGUUUUGUGUCUAGGAUUAUACCAGCGGUAUAUCCAAUCGCUAUUCUCAAAGUGGAUCCUGAUAGUGGAGAGCCCAUUAGAGAUAACCGAGGAUUAUGUCAGUUGGCGAAACCCAACGAGCCAGGUGUCUUCAUUGGAAAAAUUAAUCCAAACAAUCCUUCGAGAGCGUUCCUCGGUUACGUCGAUAAGGCUGCUUCUGACAAGAAGAUUGUUAAAGACGUUUUCAAUUAUGGAGAUUCAGCAUUCAUUUCAGGUGACAUCUUAACGGCUGACGAGCUUGGAUACUUAUACUUCAUGGACCGCACGGGAGACACGUUCCGGUGGCGAGGAGAGAACGUCUCCACAACUGAGGUGGAAUCUGCCAUUUCCAGGGUGGCAGAUCAGAGAGAUGCUGUAGUUUAUGGUGUCGAGAUACCCAACACGGAUGGUCGCGCAGGUAUGUGCGGCAUUGUGGACCCCCAGGGGACACUGGAUCUGGACAAACUCGCGAAAGACAUUGCUAAAGACUUGCCGAAGUACGCCAGACCUAUAUUCAUUAGAAUAAUGGCUAGCGUUGAUAUGACUGGAACUUUCAAGAUGAGGAAAGUUGACUUGCAGAAGGAGGGCUACAACCCUUCGUUAGUGAAAGACAAGCUAUAUUACGCAGACCCUAAAACGGGCAAAUAUCUUCCCUUAGGAAAUGAAGAAUAUGAAAAAGUUGUGUCAGGACAAAUUAGACUGUGAUUUUAAUUUUAUGAACAUUUACAAACUCACUAUGAAGAUAUUAUUGUGCCUUUAUUUAUAAAAAAAAAAACUUAUAAAAUAAGGAUGUGAUACAGUGAAGUGCAAGUUCUACUAGUAAUUAUUUUUAGGAAAGAAUUUAAGACUUAUUGAAUUGAUUCUUCAACAUUAUAAUAUGUUGAAAAAUGUGACAUUUGUGUGUGUUUAUUACCUAGGUAAUUUUUGUACUAUCAAAAUCAUAUCAAUCGCUAUAAUUACUAAAAGGUCGGAGGUUGUUUUUAUACAAGUAGAUAAGAAUGUCCUGCCUAUCUUGUAACUAUCUUAUAAGGUACCUACUAGCAUAUUAUGAUAUUAUUGUAGUUAGUUAAGUUAAACUGAUACUUUCAUUGCAAAUCAAUAAGCAGGUAUUAUUGAUGUUGCUCCUAUGGGACUUCUGUAACCGCAAGUCGGUAAUAUCCAAUAUGCAGAUGCAUAGAUAUGUGUGAAA